UGUAAGGUUUGCGACCAUCUCGCGGCAAUCACCGACCUUUUCCAGGUUCUCGAUGUGUGUAAUGGAUGUGCCCUUUUCAUCUUGCCGCCAUGUCCUCUCAUAUUCCGAAACGUCCAGACGAGAGCAUACAACGAAAGCGACGAAAAGGUGCCACAAGACUAUCUUGUGCAGAAUGUAGAAGGCUCAAGUUGCGAUGUGAUCGCUGCAUCCCAUGUAGCUCAUGUGUGAAGCGUGGUACGGCUGCCAUUUGUCCCGACGGCUCUUUGACUACUGGGCAAGGGAACCGAUUUGUCCUCGCAUCCACCCAAGAGCUACAUGAGAAAAUACACGAAUUAUCGAAUCGUGUUCGGGAACUAGAAGAUGGUUUACGUUCAGACCAUAUUCAAUUGACCAACGAGCCGCAUCCUCUGCUAUCUGAAGAGCUAUUAAAGAUCAAAGCCCCUCUGCAACGAGAACCUCCCGCAGCGAGAAGCCUGAAUGGUGCUAUCAAGGACGAGGAGUCAAAUCCAGAUGUCGUGGAUGCCUUUGGAUCCUUGUCCAUAAGCCUCUCUGGAAAAGCUAAAUUCUUCGGUCAAACAGCAAACUCCUGGCUAUUCCUUCAAAACGAGACUUCUGAAGACGAUACACCUGAUCCUUCUCAGACUAUAUUACAAUUACAAGCGUAUCUUCCUCCCCAGAUAUUGGCUCGUGCGUCCACCUUGACGAUGACACCUACACCCCCAGAAAUACUCCAGCCAAUCAACCUCCAGACACUCUACUACUAUCUACCCUCCUCCGAGAUAGCCAACCGACUACGUAAUAUUUACUACAAGCAUGCAGCUUGGAUGUAUAACCCCGUCUCUGAGGAUAUGUUCAAUUACGAAGUUUGGAGUCAGUUUUACGAGCCUAAUGCUGGCCUUUCGGCGGACUACCCUCUUGUGUCCCAUAGACUUUCUGUGAUGUUCAUGAUCUUGGCUAUCGGUUCUCUUGUCGAUACCUCUCUUUCACCGUAUAACGUUGACGCAGAGAAAUACCACCAGCUAGCCAAAGCCGCCCUUUUCCAGGAUUCAUUCCUGGAUGCUCCCACCAUCAACGCGGUACAGGCCUUGUUCUUGAUGACUUACUAUUUGUUCUUGUCUGACCGUCAUGGCACCAGUACUGGAACAAGGUGGGCAAUCAUGGGCUUAGCUGUCAAGCUGUCACAGACUAUUGGCUUGCAUAGGGAUAGUGGGCGUUGGAAAGGUGUCGAAAUGGACGAAUCGCAGCGCCGCCGACAACUAUUCUGGGAACUCUUCACCUACGAUUCCUGGCAAUGUUUCACCUUUGCGCGUCCGCCUUCUUUUGCGCUCCCCCAUAUUGAUUGCAAGAUGCCUUACGCCAAUAUCGACUCAGCGGAAGAUCAGAUUUUCCAUGCUUGGAAGCACAGAUUCGUCAGCGAGUGCAUGAAUCUCCUGCACGAUCAGGCGUUCGGCGCGAAGACUCCCACAUAUGCGACCGUUUUACAGCUCGACCGGAAGUUGAGAGCAUUUCCGGUUCCAUCCAUUCUUCAAGUUGCAGGAUUCGGGAGCUCCGAUCCUAUACCCACAGGGCUUCCGGAGUCGUCAAUGCUUACACUUCAACGUCACAUUGUGCUUGCGAUUCGAGAAAUGAAUCUUCUAUAUCUCCACCGGAGCUUCUUUGCCCGAGCUAUUAGCGACCACCCCAAAGACCCUCUUGGAAGUCCUUACGGUACAUCCGUAAUUGCAGCUUAUCGAAGUGCAGGAUCCCUCGUUGCCCUGAUGCGAAACUUGCACAAUCAACUUCAGGAUCUGAGCCAAAGGUUGUGGUUCUUAUGGACACAUAUGUUCUCUUGCGCAAUUAUUCUUGGCUCUAUUGUCACUCGCUGUCCAUCUAUGAGCUUAGCACCUUCAGCACUCGUACAACUCGAUUCAGCUUGUGAAUUGUUCUCAAAGGCUGCAAGCGGGUUUAGAGCAACCAAAGUCCUCAAAAUUAUGCUUGAUCUUCAAACUAGAGCUCACGAGUGUUUGAAUGAAUUCCGCAGAGGAACCGGGAGACUGGGGUCUGCCUUGGAUCCUCCGAACGAUAAUGACGAGUUAGCUAUAUUAGGAGGGAAAACCAGAUUGGUUAAAAAGGAACCAGGCUCCCCACAGCUGUUUGAACGAUCCCCCAACUCCCACAAUCCAGUCGUUCCGCUCCCGUUAUCCCCUAGUGCAGGAGCACAGGUCGAUUCAAACUUAGUCGAGUAUCUGAGCUCUUUCCAGCCCCAACAACGAUCGUUAUCAGCAUCGAGCACGUACUCUGAUCCUGAGAUAUCGCCUGUGACGAUGUAUGGCCUCACUUCCCUGCCUACUAAUGGUUACCAUUCAGAGUCUUCCAAUUAUCAACCAAUGACUUCUUCAUCUCAUUCCAUGAUGCCUACGCCCGAUUCUUCAUUCCAUCAUCAUCGUCAACAUAGCUCCCAAGGCUCUGUGGCGAACGAUUCCGCAGGUCUGCCUUCGUUCCCGCCAUACUUUCCCGUUUACGAUUACGGCUCUUCGAAUUCGAACUCUUAUGCUCCAAUGUUGGAUUCUCCUAUUCCGGCACAUGCACAGAGGAGGUCUAGUUCAGGAUCGCCAGAACAGAAUUUAAUGCACACCGUCUGGCAAGACUUUGUAACUUCGAAUGGGUAUGUGCCGAACUAACUUAGCCCUCGAAUGACCGCCGCUACCCAUUGAAUGAGUCAUGGUAUAUCUUGGCCCCUUUGAAUUCUUCUAUAUUUCGACCUCUUUUUUUAUUUGUGACUAUGAUGUAUGUAUGAUCUAUCAUAUGUAUCAAUGCAUUCGAUAUCGUGUAGUAUGUGUACUAGGGUAAUUGGAUGAUGUGUAUCCCGCCAAAGCCACG